UACAGUUACGCGAAGCGAAAAAUGAAACUUAAAAAACAGUCAUCAUGACGGCAUUCAUGACGGCGGCGGGAGAUUCAAUUGUUUUGGCUCACGGUGUCUUGUAUUGAUUGCCCGUCAUGUGAAUAAAAAUAUUAGGUACAACUAAAAGGAUAAAUUUGUUGUGAAUCUUGACUAAAAUGGUGAUUAAAACGAAGCAAUUUGGAAGAAAUUUCAGAGAGGUUGCGCCUACCCACUUAAGCGGCCCCAGCUGGAAAGACUUUAGCGUCACCCAACCCAAGCAGGCGGAUAAACGGCCUAAGAGACUAGAGGUGGUGGUGCGCGAGGCGGAGGAGGAGCGCGUGGACGUGAUCGACCUCGGCGCGCCGCGGCGCCUGCGCAGCGCCCCGCGCGAGCUGCCGCGCCCGCCGCGCCGCCGCGCCUACACGCCCAACCCGCGCCUCCUAAGCGGCGGCCUCGGCGCGCGGAGCCCCGCGGGCGCGCCCGGCGCCGCGUGUUCCGGCGCCCGCUGCCCAACUCGCNCCCCGCCCGCGCGCCGCCUCGUGGUGACGCUGCCGGCCGGCGCGGGCGCCAUGGACGCCGCGCGCCACUCCACCAGCCCCGACGACUGCUCCGACGCCGACGCGCUCUCGGCGCCCAGCGAAUUCCUCGCAGAGUUCCUGUCGGCGAUCAUGCGGCGGCAGUACGCGGAGGCGCUGAAGUACUGCCGCCUCAUCCUGCAGUACGAGCCGCACAACGCCACAGCGCGCGGCUUCUACCCGCUGCUGCGCCACAAGCUCCAGCGCGGUCAGUGCUCCCGCCUUUACGUUCGUCAGGGCUGGCUCUCCGAAUCAAUGUUCAAAUGGAACGGCCAGUGCUUCCACAUUGUAAAACUUUUUAAAACUACACGUGCAAAAAACGUGAUCUUUGAUGUUUAUUUUCUCAUGCGAAUGUCAUUAUAAUUAAGUACAUAAUGUCUUUUUUUUAAUAAUGACUGGCAAGGACAACUGACUAUAGUUGCUUUUUCUCAGUAUUUGCCAUUGUUUGUCUCGAAUAGGGUUGCCAUUCUUCUGGUUUCCCCCGAUUUGUCCUAGUUUUUAGAGGGCGUUCGGGGUGUCCGGGCAGGGUUUCAUUAAUAAUUGUAGUCCGGCUUUAAAAAAUUAAUUCUUAGACUGAUUCCGGGUGACGCAAAUAAGUUUUUAAAAAACCUGUUGACAUGUCCGCA